AUGAUGGACGAGGAAGACGAGGAUGGAGUGGACAAUGAGGUUGACUCAGAUGAAUCCGGUGGAUCCGAUACUUCAGAUGAUAACGAAGAGGCGGAUCCGAUCCCCUCUUCUUGGAACCAUGAUUUGUCGGAGGCAAUGAUAGUCGAUGAUCGGCACGAUUCUGCCUGGGAGUACAGCAUGAACACCAUCUCAGUUGGUGCUAGAUAUGCUGACAAGAGACAUCUGCAGGAAGCAAUCACUCAGUGGGCAAUGAACACGCAAAGGGUAUUCAGAACCACCGUUUCAAGUCAGAAAUUCUUGACAGUGGUCUGCAGCGAUGCUAGAUGUCCAUCAAGGGUGCAUGGGUACUGUCCGAAGUAUGACACAACAUGGGUGGUGAGCGAUUUCGUGCCGCACACAUGUGUCCUUAAGAGUAUGUUGAAGGAUCACCGAAACCUUACAUCCACUCUUAUUGCUCGCCUGUUCUACAAGGAGAUUGUAGAGAAUACAGCAAUGGGGGUUAAAGCCAUCCAGAGAAGAGUUCACCUUCAAUAUAAGUAUGUAAUUGAAUAUGGCAAGGCAUGGAGGGCUAAACAGACGGCACUGGAGAACAGAUUCGGGACCUUCUAUGAUGCUUAUGACGGUGUCGUCCGUCUCCUGCAGACAUUGAAGGACCGGAAUCCGGGCACCCAUGUGGACAUACAAGACUUUGUGAUACCUGAGUUCCCUAAUGUCAGGGUUCUGCACAGGGUGUUUUUCGCAUUCAGCAUAUGCAUCGAGGCUUUCAUGCACUGUCGUCCGGUGAUGUGUGUAGAUGGAACUUUUCUAACUGGGAGGUACAAGGGACAGAUUCUGACAGCAAUUGGAGUGGAUGGCAACAAUCGAUGUGUGCCUCUCGCAUUUGCAUUUGUUGAGAGCGAGAACACCGCUAGCUGGUUAUGGUUCUUCGAGCAGUUAAAAAAAUCGAUAGUGAAAGAUCGCGAAAAUGUGUGCGUGCUACAUGACGAGCAUGCAGGUAUACUUGCGGCUAUCAAGACUCCGGUAGAAGCCGGACCUGAUGAAGAGACGCCAUGGCAGGAUAUGCGAAAUCAAGAAUGCAAGUACACUUUUCUCCGCGGCAAGCUGGAUGAGUUCACUAAGGACCAUGUGCGGGACAGGUUAGCCGCCCGAGCUGCAUUAGUAGCAGCUCAUGCAGCAGCUGUGGCACAGGGUACACAGGUUCCAGUAGGCCCCGAGCCAGAUCCUAUUGGGCUAUGUGACCUGCCUGGAUUUGACCCACCCAAUACUAGAAGGAGGCCUGGACGACGGAUUAAAAAUUUUGCAGAGUGGAUAGAGCACGAGCCAUUAGAAAGGUGGUCUUUGCUGCAUGACACACAUGGAGCUAGGUAUGGUGUGAUGACUACCAACCUAGCUGAGUCAUACAACUUCGUGCUUAGGGGAAAUAGGGCAUUGCCGCUGACAGCCCUUGUGGAGGGUAUUUUAUAUGGCACUAUGAAUUAUUUCAAAGAGAAACGGGAGUUGGCUUUGAAGCAUAUGCUUGAGAAUCCAAACACUCCUUACUGUAAAGCCAUUAUGGAAUAUAUGGAUGUCAAGAUGGAGAAGGGUAUGUCACACACUGUUCUAGCCAUCGGUAAUCAGGAAAGGAGGUUUGAGGUGCGCUUACCAACCGACAAGUUUGGUUGUGUGAAUGCGGUGAGAACACAUGAGCUACCAGACAACUAG